GAAAAUACGACAUUUAACUCGAUGCAUGUGGCGCAGUGAGACCGUCGCGGGUCUGCAGAGCGGUUCCGCUGUCGUGCAGUGUGUUUUUCUGGCGGAUCUUUGAGCUCGGAAUGCACAGAAGUCUGAUUUUCUGACGGCGCACUUUGGCCUACUGCGACAGGCUGCGCUGCGAGCGGGAAAGUCAUGCCGUUCCGUCGAGCGAUCGCACGGUUUUUUGAGCUUAGAGAAAGCAGAAGCGGCCCGAGCUCGAGCUCAUGUUUGAAGGAUAGAUUUAAUGUCUCCGCGGGACCGGAUGGGGAGCGGGUCUGUGGGCUCCAGCGGGACGGGGGAGCGGUUGUAGGGUGAAGUCUGAGGAUAUGAGCAGCAACGAGUGUUUUGGUUGUGGCCGUACGGGUCAUUGGAUCAAGAACUGUCCCAAUGCUGGACGUGGACGUGGGAAGGGCCGCGGCAGAGGAAAAGAUCUUUUCUGCUAUCGCUGUGGAGAACCAGGUCAUGUUGCGAGAGAUUGUGAGAGGACUGAAGAUGCGUGCUACAACUGCGGCAGAGGCGGCCACAUCUCCAGGGACUGCAAGGAGCCCAAGAAGGAGCGCGAGCAGGUGUGCUAUAACUGCGGUAAAGCCGGACACAUGGCGCGCGACUGCGACCACGCCAAUGAGCAAAAGUGCUACUCCUGCGGCGGAUUCGGACACAUCCAGAAGGGCUGCGAAAAAGUCAAGUGCUACAGGUGUGGAGAGAUCGGUCACGUGGCUGUUCAGUGCAGCAAGGCCAGCGAAGUCAACUGCUACAACUGCGGCAAAUCGGGCCACGUGGCGAAGGAGUGCACCAUCGAGGCCACCGCUUAAUCCCGCCGCCUCCUUCGCCCCUCCUUUUUCUGAUUGAUGGUUGUAUUAUUUUCUCUGAAUCCUCUUCACUGGCCAUCGGUUGGCAGAUAGAGGCUAUUCCCAGGCCAGUGAGCUCUUGACAUGUAAAAGGAGGAAAGGGGUGGAAAAAAAACUUUCCACUUUCUGCAUUUAAUACAAAAAAAUGUUUAUGUUUAGUUUGGUAGAGGUGUUAUGUAUAAUGCUUUGUUAAAGAACCCCCUUUCCAUGCCACUGGUGAACAGGGAUGUGUGAGAUUGUGUUGAGUGGAAGAACGUUUGUUGGCUCGCGGAUCGCGGCCUCGGAGAGAUCGGGAAAAAAAUAUAUAAUAACAUGGUCAAAAAUAACCAUACAGAUCAGGGAAGCGCCGGCUUCCUCGAUGAUUUGCGUUUUUUUUUUUUUGUUGUUGUUUUCUCAAUGAGACUGAGGUAGCCUAUGAGUGAUUGACCUGGAAGAGCAGCACAGGACACAAACGGUCGGGUCUGUCCAGGCCAAACCAGCAGUACGCAGCUAUGUGGAGUGAAAACCGUAACGUGUAAUAUAAAGCAGACAACUUUAUAGCAUAUUCUGGAAACCUUGUGUAAAACAGUUUCAGGAAACGAGUUCCUUUGUAAAUCACGAGCUGUUUGAUCAUUCAGGAUCGCUCGGCUGUGACGGCGAAAGAAAAAUAAAUAAAUAAAGAAAAAGAAAAAAAAAACUAGUUCAUGAUCCCAAGCGAUGCGGAUGGAGGUCGUUCUACCCACGGUGAAAACUUCAGUAAAAUAAAAACAAAAGAAGACAAAAAAAAUAAAGUACAGAUUUGGAGUUUAGAAGAAAGGGUGAAUGUUUUCACAGAAAUCAAAAUGUUAUUUUUGUACAAUAUCACGUAGACUACUCUAAAAAUAAGGAGAAAAAAACUAUCAUUUGCUUGUACUCAGUUUUUAAGUCGGAAGGUAAAUGCAACUAAAGUUCUAGGACAUAGAAAUGUAAUUUUAAACUCAAUAAAUCUGGAGGAGGAAGGGGUGUCAAGACUGAA